AAGUCGCCGGUACCCUGUAAAGCAGAGCAGAUCAUGUGACUGAAAAGCAUGACACACAGAUAAGGAAGCAGAGUGCAAGCGGGGCAGACUGUCAAGACAGAACUAAGGUCUUCGGGAGACUCCCAAUGUGUCAACCAUGGCCUACCAGUAUGGAAAAGUGCAGGACCCAAAUGUGCUUACUCAGACGAUAAUCUCCAACAUCCAGAAGAUAACACAACAAACAUCUGAAAUACAGAGAAUUGUGAAUCAGUUGGGAACAACACAAGACACAACUGAGCUCAGACAGCAACUGCAGCAGAAACAGCAAAAUGUCAACCACCUUGCCAAAGAAACAGACCGAUGUGUGAAGGAAUUUGGCUCUUUGCCUGUCACAACUGAACAGCGCCAGAGAAAGAUCCAGAAAGAUCGCCUUAUCAAUGACUUCUCCAAUGCACUGGCCAAUUUCCAAAAGACACAGAGGCAGGCUGCUCAGAAAGAGAAGGAGUUUGUUGCUAGAGUCCGUGCCGAGUCCAGAGUGUCGGGUGGCUUUCCUGACGACAGCUUUGGAGGAAAUGGAAACUCCUUUGAAAGUGGGGGGCAGGCCCAGGUCCAGUCACAGUCCCAGGAGGUGGCCAUCACCGAGGAAGACCUGCAGCUCAUCCAGGAGAGAGAGACUUCCAUCAGACAGCUAGAGUCUGAUAUUACAGAUAUAAAUGAAAUAUUUAAGGACUUGGGAAUGAUGGUCCAUGAGCAGGGUGAUAUGAUCGACAGUAUAGAGGCCAAUGUCGAAACUGCCGACCUUCAUGUUCAGAAUGCCACCCAGCAGUUAGCACAGGCUGCAGACUAUCAGCGCAAAUCUAGAAAGAAGAUCUGCAUUCUCAUUGUCGUUCUGGUCGUACUUGCUGUUGUCGUUGGUUUAAUCAUCUGGGCAUCAGUUAAAGGAUGAUGAUGCUGCUUUUCACACACUUUGGUCCUGGCAGUUUCAUGAUUCUUUAGGAUUAAGUCUCAAGGCCAUUGCUUGUAAAAUGAAGACAAAUGCGACAGCUGUUUCGUACUGUCACUUUACUAUACUGAACAAAAAUAUAAACGCAAAAUGUAAAGUUUUGGUCCAAUGUUUCAUGAGCUGAAAUAAAAGAUCGCAGAAUUUUUUCCACAUGC